CCUUUUUGUAAAAUUGAACAAUUCCAAAAUAUACAUUUUAUUUAUUUUACAUGGUAUUAAAGAAUUUUCCGCUCACUCUCUCUGCUUACAAAUGGCGAUUAAGGAACCGUUCGUCGUUGCUAGGAACGAAAGUCACAAGACUUGCAUUGUCUUCGGCAGCCGACGCUUCGUCGGAAGGUCACUUGUUCUUUGGCUCCUUAAACUCGGCAACUGGAUCGUACGAAUUGCUAAUUCCGCACAAUCUCUCGAGCUUGAUCUGUCCGAGCGCGACUCGCUUCUCUCCAAAGCUUUCUUAAAUCAUCAUAAUUCGUAUUUGAAAGUCGAUGUUCGCCUUUUAAAGCACUGCUCACUGGUCUUCUUUGAUUGUUCCGGCUUCACGAUUCGCUUGCAAAUCAUGUCCGCUUUCUAGCGAAACGAAGAAAAACUCGAAUAUACCUUAUGCAUUUUGUUGUUCGCAGAUCAUAACAUUAUUGCGAGUUUUGUUCUCUGUGGACUCUUCAACUCUUUUUAGUUUUGAAGUUCAGAAUUGCCGCUGCCAUCUUAAUUUUUUUUUUCAUUUCUUUUUUCAAUCUUUCUGUUUCUUUUUCCACUUCUAUUGUGGAACCUAAACUUUCUGCACAUCAUACUUCUAUGGCAAAUGCUAAUUGUGCUCCAAGUGUUUGAAAGAAUGACACAAAGGAGCCGGUGAUUCACAUUGCUACUUCCUUAUAAUUUCGAGCUUUUGGAUCGGUAAUGACGUUUGAAGAGUAGCUAGUGGCGGUCGAGGCCGCCGCCGUCGCCGAUUCAGUAUCGAUUGAACCGAUGGAGGAAAAUCUGGUUCCCAAGGCCAGGAAGGCGAAGAAAGAGUCAAAGGUGAAGAAACUGGCUGCUCCGACAAAGCCUAGAAAUCCCCCUGCUCAUCCUUCGUACAUAGAGAUUAUUAUAGAGACGAUUGUGAUGUUGAAAGAGAAGACAGGGUCUAGCCAGUACAUGAUCACGAAGUUCAUUGAGGCUAAGCAGAAGCACUUGCCUCCCAACUUCAAGAAGUUCCUGUUAUUUCAUUUGAAGAAGCUUGUUGCUGCCGGAAAACUCAUGAAGGUGAAAGGAUCAUUUAAGUUUCCGGCUGCUCGGUCACCGGCGGUGAAGCCAGUAGUUAUUGGUGCGGCAAAGAACAAGCCAGUAAUAGCAACAAAAGAAAAGUUUGUAAAGGCAUCGAAAGAGACAAAGGCGAAGGCUCCAGCCAAAACAAAGAAGGCCAAAGCUACUGUGAAGCCCAAGUCGGCUGCAAAGUCAAAGUCGAAGCCGGCUGCAAAGCCCAAAGCUGCCCCUAACCUACAACAAAGCCAAAAGCUGCUGCAACCAAAAUUUGCAGCAAAGCCAAAAGUAGUGGCAAAGCUAAAGGCGAAGCCAAAGGAGAAGCCAGCUAAAGCAUCGAGAACCUCAACCAGGAUUUCGCCAAGAAAGAAAGUUGUAGCUCUGAAGCCUGCUGCAAAGAAAGCACUGGCUAAGGCAACUUCUUCAAAAAGCGUGAAGCCCAAGAGUGUGAAAUCUCCAAUCAAAAAAGAAAGCAACAAUGGUAAAAAAAAUUAAAAAAAAAAAAUUCAGACUUUGCAAGCUUUCAAGCAUGCUUUGGUUCCAUCUGUGAGAUCUCGAAUUGCAGCACCAUUGUUGUCUUCCUUGCCUGUUCUGGGCAUCGACAUCUCCUCCCACGGAUCAUCUCCAUCUGUGCUUCAUAUCAAUGGAGUCUUUUUUAUCAUCUUUUUAUCGCAAGAUGGUGAUGUGAAAUAUUUAUUCACCAUCUCCAUCUUGAGGGGAUGUAUUAGAGUUGUUAGUUUAGCUGUUAAUUUAGUUGUUAAUUCAGUUGUUAGUUUAAUUAUGGAUUAUUAUGUAUCUAUACCCUUGUAAUCUUCUUUUUGUAAAAUUGAAUAAUUCCGGAAUAUACAUUUUAUUUAUUUUA